AUGGGGCAGCUCACUUCUGAUUAUCUGUUUUAUCAUUCUAGACUCCUAAAUGGUUGCUCUGAAUGUGAAAGGUUGCGGGUGGCCUUUUCAGAUAAUCGACCAGAGAGAAUCAACCAGUUUUUCGAAGUUCAGUUACUAGCUUCUAAUUUCGAGCGAUGUCUCCAGACUCUUGUGUUCGAGCCUGGCAUGGCCAAGUCCAUCCACCACGCUCGUGUUCUCAUCAAGCAACGCCACAUCAUGGUCGGCAAACAAAUCGUCGAUGUCCCCUCUUAGGUUCGCGUUGACAGUCAAAAGCACGUUGACUUUGCUCUGUCAAGCCCACUUGGUGGCGGAAGACCUGGCAGAGAAGCCCAGAACUUGAAGGCUGCAUCCCAGAAGGCAUCUGGUGGUGACGACGAUGAGGACAAGGAUGACGAGUAGAUCUUGAAUUUACCAGUAGCUGAAGGGGUUCACCAGGCUAUUUGUGUGAUUGAUGAAUAAGCUAAGAAAAGCAGUUGAUUCUCUUUCCUGUGG